AGAGAAGAAGAGGUGGAGGAUGAGGAGCAGAGCGCAGCGCUGGAGUACGUGAUAGUCAGGGUGUGUGGUCUCACAGCGUUGAGGUACGUGACAGUCAGGGUAUGUGGUCUCACAGCGUUGAGGUACGUGACAGUCAGGGUAUGUGGUCUCACAGCGUUGGAGUACGUGAUAGUCAGGGUAUGUGGUCUCACAGCGUUGGAGUACGUGAUAGUCAGGGUAUGUGGUCUCACAGCGCUGGGAGUAUGUGACAGUCAGGGUAAGUGGUCUAACAGCGUUGGGAGUACGUGACAGUCAGGGUAUGUGGUCUCACAGCGCUGGGAGUACGUGACAGUCAGGGUGUGUCGUCUCACAGCACUGGUUUCCUGCCCUACUCUGCACUUCACUUCACACUGAAGGGGCAGGAUAGGGUCUGUGGUCUGAGGGUUCUGACGGCUACUAACAGCUGACAAGGAGUGGUUGGGGGAGGCGUGAGAGAAGAACAUCUCGAGGCACAGAGAGAGAGGACCAGAGAGAGGAAGAGAGAGGAGGAAAGAGAGCGAGAGAGUGAGAGAAGGGAAGAGAGCUCAGAGUAACAGACUCAUACUUUUGAGCAAAAAAGACAAAGAAAGAGAAAAGUGUAUAGGAGAGUAACCAGAGAAGUCCCAACACGAUCCCACUGAACCUGACAACCAAGGGACAGUAGGACCAGGGGCUGUUAAAGGAUAUGUAACGACACCCACAUUCUGGACAGUGGACAGUCAAACUACAGCUGCAGAGUCUCUGACAUGGAGGGAAUCUGGAUGCACUGAAGAUCUGCUGGGCCUAAAGACACCCCAGCUUCAACACAAUGCCCACUCUUCCCAACACCUCUUUACCCCUGUCCUCCUCUUCCUUCCCCCUCUCCAAUGCCACCUAUCCGCCCUUUACCACCUCCUCUCCCAACACCUCUUUACCCCUGUCCUCCUCUUCCUUCCCCCUCUCCAAUGCCACCUAUCCGCCCUUUACCUCCUCCUCUCCAAACCAGACCCUAUGUAAUCUAGAUGACGGUACCCUGCGCCUCCCCCUGGUCUUCUUCUACUCCAUCUUCUUCCUCCUGGGUCUGGUAGGUAAUCUCCUGGCCCUGUGGGUCUUCGUCUUCCUCCACUCCAGGAGGAACUCUGUCCGGGUGUUCCUCAUCAACGUGGCCAUAGCUGACCUGGUGCUCCUGGUCUGCCUUCCCUUCAGAGUCCUCUACCAUGCUAACGGCAACCGCUGGGUCCUCAGCCCCCUGGUCUGUAAAGUGGUGGGCAACCUCUUCUACAUGAACAUGUACAUCAGUAUCACUCUGCUGGGGUUCAUUAGUCUGGAUAGGUAUGUGAAGCUGAAGGGGCGGGGCGGAGCGGGGAGGGGCCUGGCCAGGAGGCUGAGAGGUGGGGGAUGGAGCUGGGUGGCGUGCAGGGCGCUCUGGGGGCUGUCCCUGGCGGCGGCCGUGCCCAUGAUCGCCAUGUCGGAGGGAAACGAGGAACCUGGGAAGUGUUUCCAGUAUAAGCAGCGGCGUGGGGCGAAGGGGAAGGCUUACUUCAACAUGGCUCUGGUGCUGCUGUUCUGGGGGGUGUUCUGCCUGCUGGUGGUCUCCUAUGGGAAGAUAGCCAUGCGCCUCCUCAAGGUGUCCAGGGAUAAACCUGACCUCCCCAAUGCCCACCGCUACGGUAGCGCCGCCAGGAAGUCCUUCUUCGUGCUCUUCCUGUUCACCGUCUGCUUCGGGCCCUACCAUGCCUUCCGCCCAUUCUACAUCCUCUCCCAGCUCAGCCAAUCCCCAUCCUGCGAUUACUUGCGCCUGGUGGACAGGACCAAUGAGGUCAUGUUGUUGUUCUCCGCCUUCAACGCCGUCCUGGACCCUGUGAUGUACUUCCUGUUGUCGGGCUCGGUGCGCAAGGCCGCCGUGAAAGCCCUUGGACAGAGCCUCGGCAACCGGCUCCACUUCCUUAACGACGGAACAUCCAACAGCUCGGUAUCAGAGUUCAGACGGACCUCUCUGUCCGUCACCUCCCCCAACACCGUCAUUAACCCCUCCCAUGAGCCCAGGACCAGCCUCUGUCUGAUUAGCCCCACCCUCCACCCUGGCACAGCCAUAGUGGCAAAGCAGUGAAUUUACAGACCUCAUUGUUUAACUUCAUGGACUUUAGCUCUAUUUACAUUAUAAUGUAUACCAUGUACUCAACAACUGAUGCAUGUGACAAGGGCCAAUUUCUUGAACUAGACUCAGUUUCCAAGAAUGGACCUGACCAGAUGUCCUGAAUCAAAGUGCUUUACACUCCCGUUCAAAAGGUCAGGGUCACUUAGAAAUGUCCUUGUUCUCGAAAGAAAAGCACAUUUUUUGUCCAUUAAAAUAACAUCAAAUAGAUCAGAAAUAGAGUGUAAACAUUGUUAAUGUUGUAAAUUACUAUUGUAGCUGGAAACAGCAGAUUUUUUAUGGAAUAUCUACAUAGGCGUACAGAGGCACAUUAUCAGCGAAACCCCAGUCUCAACGCGAAACCCGUCUCGACGCAAAACCCCAGUCUCCACGGCGAAACCCCAGUCUCCACGGCGAAACCCCAGUCUCCACGGCGAAACCCCAGUCUCCACGGCGAAACCCCAGUCUCCACGGCGAAACCCCAGUCUCCACGGCGAAACCCCAGUCUCAACGCAAAACCCCAGUCUCAACGCAAAACCCCAGUCUCAACGCAAAACCCCAGUCUCAACGCAAAACCCCAGUCUCAACGCAAAACCCCAGUCUCAACGCAAAACCCCAGUCUCAACGCAAAACCCCAGUCUCAACGCAAAACCCCAGUCUCAACGCAAAACCCCAGUCUCAACGCAAAACCCCAGUCUCAACGCAAAACACCAGUCUCAACGCAAAACCCCAGUCUCAACGCAAAACCCCAGUCUCAACGCAAAACCCCAGUCUCAACGCAAAACCCCAGUCUCAACGCAAAACCCCAGUCUCAACGCAAAACCCCAGUCUCAACGCAAAACCCCAGUCUCAACGCAAAACACCAGUCUCAACGCAAAACCCCAGUCUCAACGCAAAACCCCAGUCUCAACGCAAAACCCCAGUCUCAACGCAAAACCCCAGUCUCAACGCAAAACCCCAGUCUCAACGCAAAACCCCAGUCUCAACGCAAAACCCCAGUCUCAACGCAAAACCCCAGUCUCAAACCACCCAGUCUCAACGCAAAACCCCAGUCUCAACGCAAAACCCCAGUCUCAACGCAAAACCCCAGUCUCAACGCAAAACCCCAGUCUCAACGCAAAACCCCAGUCUCAACGCAAAACCCCAGUCUCAACGCAAAACCCCAGUCUCAACGCAAAACCCCAGUCUCAACGCAAAACCCCAGUCUCAACGCAAAACCCCAGUCUCAACGCAAAACACCAGUCUCAACGCAAAACACCAGUCUCAACGCAAAACGCCAGUCUCAACGCAAAACACCAGUCUCAACGCAAAACACCAGUCUCAACGCAAAACACCAGUCUCAACGCAAAACACCAGUCAACGCAAAACACCAGUCUCAACUAGAUAGAGGAACUCUGGACAGAGGAACUCUGCCUAGAAGGCCAGCAUCCCGGAGUCGCCUCUUCACUGUUGACGUUGAGACUGGUGUUUUGCAGGUACUAUUUAAUGAAACUGCCAGUUGAGGACAUGUGAGGCGUCUGUUUCUCAAACUAGACACUUGUCCUCUUGCUCAAUUGUGCACCCCUUGCAAAAGGGUUUUCUAAAUGAUCAAUUAGACUUUUAAAAUGAUAAACUUGGAUUAGCUAACACAACGUGCCUUCAAAUCAAUAUUUAUUGGUCACAUACACAUGGUUAGCAGAUGUUAAUGCGAGUGUAGCGAAAUGCUUGUGCUUCUAGUUCCGACUGUGCAGCUAUAUCUAACAUCUACAUGUGAGAAAAGUAAUGUAGAGUAUGUAAACAUUAUAUAAAGUGGAACACAGGAGUGCUGGUUGCUGAUAAUGGGACUCUGUACGUCUAUGUAGAUAUUCCUUUCUUUUUUAAAUCAGCAGUUUCCAGAUACAAUAGUCAUUUAGAACAUUAAUAAUGUCUACACGGUAUUUCUGAUCAAUUUGAUGUUAUUUGAAAUGGACAAAAAAAAUUGCUUUUCUUUAAAAACAAGGACAUUUCUAAGGGACCCCAUACUUUUGAAUGGUAGUGUAAAUGCCUGUGUCUGUCUGUUAACUAAUAUUGUCAAUAGUAUGUGACACAAUCAUAUCUGAUAUAACACUGUACAAAGCAAAUAAAUAUAUACGAUUUAAGCUCACAUGU